AUGUCAGGACAUUCUCACAACACUCACAGAAGCACGCCCAACAAGGGCCGUGGUGCAGUUCCGUUUGCCAACAGUCCCAGCGGCGGCGGCGGUAGUUCUAAUAUUCCUCGUCCUGUCCUUGAGCCCACACCGCCUACCGAGACUGGAUCUACUUUCAGCGCGAGUCGCCAGAAGCAGAGCAAACGUGAUGAGGCUAUCCGAAAGAAGCUCGAAAAUGACCUCUCCAAGAAGAAGCACCUCACAAGUCGAGCUCGCCACUCUCGCAAAGCUCCCCCCGGCACUGUCCUUGCUCUGAAGCCCAGCCAGGCCCUCCAGAUCAAGCCUGGCACUACUGUUUCUGAGGCAGCCCAGUUGAUGGCAGCAAAGCGAGAGGAUUGUGUCCUAGUUACCGACGAUGACGACCGAAUUGCUGGUAUUUUCACCGCCAAGGAUCUUGCGUUCCGUGUUGUAGGAGCUGGAGCCAAGGCCUCCGCUGUCACUAUCGCCGAAAUCAUGACCAAGAACCCUCUUUGCGCUCGAACCGACACCAGCGCCACCGAUGCCUUGGAUCUCAUGGUUCGAAAGGGUUUCCGCCACUUACCAGUUAUGGACGAGAACCAGGAUAUUUCUGGUGUGCUAGAUAUUACCAAGUGUUUUUACGAUGCCAUGGAAAAGCUCGAGCGUGCCUACUCUUCUUCUCGAAAGCUCUACGAUGCUCUUGAGGGUGUUCAGUCUGAGUUGGGCUCUACACAGCCUCAGCAGAUCAUCCAGUACGUCGAAGCUCUGCGCAGCAAGAUGUCCGGACCUACUUUGGAAACUGUGCUCAACGGUGUUCCCCCCACCACCGUUAGUGUGCGAACCUCGGUUAAAGAGGCUGCUCAGCUCAUGAAGGAGAACCGCACAACUGCUGUCCUGGUUCAGGAUCAAGGUGCUAUUACGGGUAUUUUCACCAGCAAGGAUGUCGUUCUUCGAGUCAUUGCCCCUGGCCUAGACCCCGCCAACUGCAGUGUCGUGCGUGUCAUGACCCCUCACCCCGACUUUGCGCCCAUGGACAUGACCCUCCAGGCCGCCCUUCGCAAGAUGCAUGAUGGCCACUACCUUAACCUGCCUGUUAUGAAUGAUGGCGGCGAGAUCGUUGGUAUGGUUGAUGUUCUCAAACUCACAUAUGCCACUCUCGACCAGAUCAACGCCAUGUCCAACAACAACGACGAAGGUCCUGCCUGGAACAAGUUCUGGCUUUCCCUCGACGCCGAGACCGAGUCCAUGAUGUCAGGAGAGGGCAGCCAAGCUCAACACACCAACCUUGGUUCUCGUCUUACAUCCCCCGAUAUGGUCCGUGACCGUCUCAACGACACUGUCGCCCCAGGCGAUUCGGCCUCUCAUGUUGGCAUGGAAUCGCCUCCCCGCUCCAUUCUCCCUGAUGUUCUUGAGCAUCAACUCCCUGAAGAACUCCCCUUCCCCUUCAAGUUCAAAGCUCCCUCCGGUCGAGUACACCGUAUGAAGAUCGUCGCUACAGACGGCAUCGAAGCCUUUGUUGAAGCCAUCGCCUCUAAACUUGGUGCUGAGGCAGACAACAUUGGUGGAGUGCCUCAUGUGGAAGACGGAAAGAUUGUCGGUGCUGGUUUUGCCCUGAGCUUCUUGGACGAUGAGGGAGAUUCCAUCUCAAUCACCGCCGAUCAUGAUUUGCUCGAGGCUGUCAUCCUUGCUCGCCAAGCGCAUCACGACAAGGUUGAUCUCUUCGUGCACGAUCCCGAGAAGCCUCCCGUCUCUGCAGCCGACCCAAGACAUCCUACUACACCCUCCGUUUCCACCGGGGCUGGUCUCCGUGAGCGCCGUAAGUGGUGGCCCGAGGAGGAGGAGGAAGAGGACGACGAUGAUUCUGAGGAUGAGCAUCCCGCACGGAGACGUAAGAGCCGUGCGACGCAUACACAUGCACAUGCACAUGAGGAGCAAAUUAUCGCCGGUGUGCCCAAUGAACUGAUACUCCCUGGCGCGAUUGUAACAUUGGCGGUUGCUAUCGUAGGUGUCUUUACCAUUGCAAGGCUUACCAGCCGGUAA